AAUGAGCCGCCGUAGAGGGAAUUCCCCCCCAAGCCGGUACGUAGACUUCCGCAUUCCAUUACAUUAGCACUCGUAUAUAAACACACAGCAGACACCCGUACUGACGCUACAUCCCUGUGCCACUUGCGCCAAUCGUGGUCCCUGGGGCGGGUAUUCCUCUCACUGCUGAAGGCCUGGUAGGUGUGUUUGUGCUCCUCAUUUUUUAGUGAAUUCUCAGUUCUCCUUUUUGUGUUUUAGACGCUGGCUCAGACUGCUGCGUGUGUAAAGGAGGCGGCCUGCUAUGACGUAGCCGCUCUCUUGUAGUCAUACUAGGGUCUGGUCCGGGCGUGGCUUCUCAUGGUGGGGGAUUUGGUGAUAGAGUUACUCACUGCUGCACCAUCACUCCUUUUGAAUGCCGUGGUAUUUUGCACCUCCCUUCACCACUUGUACAUUUUCAGUUUGCCUCUUUUCUUGAUUUGGUGUGUGUGUAUGAAUGUGUGGCACGGAGCGUAGUGAGUGCUCUAUUCCAGCCCCUUAGUCCUCCAUCGUUGUGGCCGCUACUGGCCAGCCCUGAGUGGCUUUCUCUCUUUCUGCUUAGCAUUGGAGCACAUAUGUUAUAAUUGGUAUUUUUAAUGAUUAUAUUUAAUACAAUGAAAUAAAAAACAUAUAUUUUCCUAUUUUUAAGUCUCAUUUCGCCAAAUAAAUUUCUCAAAAUUGUAUAAUUUGUGUCUGGUCAAUUACUUGUUGCAUGCCACCAUCAUUCUCAGGAUCGCGCGCGGUCACAAUUGGCGUUGCUGGCAGGAUGGCUGGGAUGCAAUAGUGAUUGUACUGACUUGGGCGAUUAUUCUGUAUGUUUUGUAUUUUUUUUUUUUUUGUGCUUGUCCAAUUAGACCCAAAUAGAACUGCAUUGGUCAUCGAGGAAGCCAGCUGGACCUCCACAACGGCAACGGCUCCUACCGUUCUCCUGUACUUUCCUCACCCCUCAACAAUCAUGGCCACGGAACAAGAGCUCAGAGACUUGGUCCAGCAGCUCCAGUCUGAAAAUGAACGGCUGCUAGCCGCUUCCAAUAUGAACUCUGGAGCAGCUGCCCAGAGUUGCUCCAAUGACUGUCCAGCCCCCCUAUCUAAUGUCCAUUCCAGCAAUGGGGAGUCUAUGGAACGCCUGCUGUAUAUUCCCAGAGAACGCAAGUGCCCGCUCUUCAGGGGGACUUCUGGGAUACCCAUAGAGGACUGGAUAGAAGAAAUGAGGGCCACACUGAGGACUAGACGACUGACUACUGUAGAUCAAGCAUAUUUUGUAUUUGACCAUUUGGAGGGUGAGGCUAAAGAUGAGAUCAGGUACAGAACAAGAACAGAGAGGGAAGAUCCAGAAAGAAUUAUGUCUAUUCUGCGGGAGUUGUAUGGCUGUGUACGUUCCUAUGUGUCCUUGCAAGAAUGUUUUUUUUCCAGAAAGCAACAGGAAGGAGAGUCACUGCAUGAGUUUUCGCAUGCCUUAUGUUGUCUUAUGGAGAAAGUCGAGCGUUGUGCUCCCAGGAAAAUGGCAGACUCCCACAUCCUCUUACGCGACCAGUUUGUUGAGCACGUCCUAGAUCCUAACCUGCGCAGGGAACUAAAAAGGUUAGUGAGGGAGAAGCCUGAGUGCACGCUGUUGGAGGUUAGAGCUGAGGCCAUGAGGUGGGAACGAGAGGGUAGACCAGAUGAGCCACGGGGUAGGAGCUUUUCAGUCCCAUCCUUCAGCGCUGUUCAUUAUUCCAGGGCCCGCCCACCUAGCCUAACGGCAAACUCGGAGUUCACAGAGCUGCGACAGCUUCUAGAAAAGCAGCAGGAACAGUUAAAUCAACUCACCCAGGGGUUGUUGGCAUUGCAGACAGCCCCCCGACCUCCAGUCAGGCGACCUAACACUUUACUGUGCCUUCGCUGUCAAAAACCCGGCCAUUUUGCUCGGGAGUGUGAUAAUGAGCGGUUCAUUCCACAGGCUCGGCCUCAGCAUGUGGCCGCUACCUCUGCUCUUCAGGAGGCGGGAAACUUCAACCCUCUGGUGUAAGGAGCCAAACAUCAGAAGGGGAAGGUAACGGCUCACAGAUACAAAGGCCAGGCCCACAUCGCCCAAUUGACCGCCUUAUAGCAGCAUGUCCGGAGGUAACUGUUAGCUUAGGGGGAGUAACUGCUAAGCUGCUCCUAGACACUGGCUCAAUGGUUACCACCUUGCCAGAGAGUUUCUUUAGGCAGAACUUUAAAGGCACCCCUGAAUCCUGUAACUGGCUGGAGCUGACUGCAGCUAAUGGCUUUGACAUCCCUUAUGUAGGUUUUAUUGAGAUGGACGUGACUGUAUUUGGCCAGGUUGUACCGAACCGGGGUAUUCUGAUUGUUAAGGACCCCCCAGGGACAGGUGAGGUAAGAGGAGUGUUGGGAAUGAACAUAAUAAAAAAAUGUUAUCAAGUGUUGUUCAGUGGGCAUGGCCCUAACCUCUUUGACCUCCCUGAAGUACAGCAGGCAUCUGUAGCGUUGCAGCGGGCUUUGUAUCAUUGCCACUACACUGAGAUCACAGAUUUGCCACCUACGAGCAGUGUGGCUCGAGUGCGAGGUAGGCGUCCUGUCAUUAUUCCUGGGGGCUCAAUGAAAUUGAUUGCUGCCACAUGCUCUGCUCACUUUAGUCAGUCUACAGGUACAGUCCUGAUCGAACCGGUGGAUAUUGGCCAACCCCUCCCUGAAGGCUUGUUGGUCUCACCUGCAAUGGUCACGGUCGAGAAAGGUACAGUUUACAUUCCGGUUGUCAAUGUAGGGCAAAGAGGGACUGCACUAUACCCUCAUCACCCGAUAGCAACACUAAGCCGAGCAGAUGUUAUUAGCAUGCCAGAUGGAAUCUCAUUCACACAGCCACAUAGUAUAGGGGCCACAGUCUAUUCCCAGGCUGCUUUAUCUGACUCUGUUAGGGGCCAGAUUGCAUCACUAGACCUCGCGUCACUAACUGAUACCGACCGGCAACGUGUAUUCUCCCUCUUGCUUGAACAUGAAAAGGUCUUUGCGUCAUAUGAUUUGGACCUAGGCUGCACCUCCUUAAUUACCCAUGACAUUCCACUAAACGACGAUGCCCCAAUCAGGCAGAGAUACAGGCGCAUACCCCCAUCUGAUUAUGAUGAAGUUAGGGCACACAUUCGUCAAUUGUUGGACAACAAAGUCAUUCGGGAGAGUUGUAGCCCCUAUGCUUCGCCGAUCGUGCUUGUCCGAAAAAAAGAGGGCAGCUUAAGACUAUGUGUGGACUAUAGACUCUUGAACAACAAAACUAGGAAAGAUGCUUUCCCACUUCCUAGAAUUGAAGAGUCCUUAGAUGCCCUCUCGGGCGCAAAAUGGUUUUCCACCUUAGAUUUAGCUAGCGGCUAUCAUCAAGUGGCAGUAACUGAGGCAGACAAAGCUAAGACCGCCUUCUGCACCCCAUUUGGACUGUUUGAGUUCCAGAGGAUGCCAUUUGG